AUGAGAGUGCUGUCCGUCGCCUGUUUUCUCGGCGAGCAGCUAGAGCUGCCUAAGUCGGGGGCGGGAGGUGAGAGGAAGAUGGCUUCCAACGGCGGCGCCGGCGGCAGCGGCGCGCUGGGCGAUGUUUGCAAGCACCAUACGCAGCUGGGGGUCUGCGAAACGCGAGCAAAAUACCGCGAGGGGCGGAGACCGCGAGCUGUGAAGGUUUACACCAUCAACUUGGAAUCUCGUUAUUUACUAAUCCAAGGAGUUCCUGCACUGGGUGUCAUGAAGGAAUUAGUUGAACAGUUUGCUUUGUAUGGUGCCAUUGAGGAGUAUCAUGCUCUAGAUGAAUACCCAGCAGAGCAAUUCACUGAAGUUUAUCUUCUAAAAUUCCAAAAACUGCAAUGUGCAAGGGUGGCCAAGAAAAAAAUGGAUGAACGAAGUUUCUUUGGUAGCUUGCUGCAUGUGUGCUACGCUCCAGAGUUUGAAACAGUCCAAGAAACCAGGGAGAAGCUGCAGGACAGAAGAAAGUUUGUAGCAAAAGCAACAAAUCAAAGAGAUUGCUUUGUGUUAAAGAAAGCAGAGGGGCCUAAGAAGAGAAUGUCAAAGCACUCUGAGCAUGACCAUCCAUGGACUACAUCAGAAUCACCUGCAGCCAACAGCUGGGAUCCAUCCUGCUUUACAAGCUAUCAGGGGGUACCCUACAGCACAGGGCAUCCAGCUGGGAAUCAUCAAAGCCUAUUGACUUUUCCCCAUGAGUACAACUGUGCUGAAACUUCUGGGUACCUGGGUGACAGCACAUCCCUAACUCAAAGUGUGCACCCAGCAGGAGGUAGUCCAGGAACUUCCUUUGUGCAGCCAGGAACAGUUUGGAUUGAUAACGGAGUUGAUAGGUUCAUGCCACGUACAACCCACCUGCAGGAACGCAAGAGGAAGAGAGAAGAAGGGGCCAUGUUUUCCCUCCUUGGGACAAGUGUGGACAAGACUGAAGCUGUUUUUGGUCCACAGCUUCCAGAACCCCCUAAAGUGGACAUGGAUGAUGAUUCACUGAAUACUUCAGCAACACUAAUUCGAAAUAAACUGAAAGAGGUUGCAGAUUCUGUUUCAAGAACAUCUGUGGAAAAGCCAGAAAGUAGCUCAGCCAAAACUCUUGUAAAGCAGAGAAGAAGAAUAUAGAUAC